AACCGGUAUAAAAGCUUCGAUCGAUUAGCUGAUGUAGUUUGAUCUCUGUGACGGUCAACGGUAACGACCAUGGCAAGGGCAGCGAUUGUUAUUUGCGCUUUGCUCGCAGUACAGCUGUUUGGAGCGUACGCUGCCGACAGCUGGAAGCUGGUUCCUGACGAGUCAGGCCGAUUGCGUUUGAUCAACACCAAUCCGUACGAUAUCCCGGAGGGCGAGAGUGAAAUUGAACCCCUGUUCACCCCGGAGACCGAUGUGAUUUUCCGUCUGUUCACGCGCCGCAAUCCGGCCCACGGCCAAGUGCUGCAGUGGAACAAUCCGGCCUCGGUGCAGAACUCCAACUUUGUCGCCUCGCACCCGACGCGCUUCACCAUCCACGGCUGGAACGGUGGCGAAACGUCCGGGCUGCAUGCAAACAUCCGCCAGAACUAUCUCAGCGUGGGAGACUACAACGUGAUCGCCGUGGACUGGGGUGCAGGAGCGCAGACGGCCAACUACAUUGCGGCCCGCAAUCGUGUCGCUUCCGUGGGUGACAUUAUCUCGCGCAUGGUUAACACUCUCGUGUCGGCCACGGGAACGUCGCGCAACAAUAUCUACCUGAUUGGACAUAGCUUGGGUGCGCAUGCGGCUGGCAAUGCGGGCAAGAUGCAGAACGGGCAGCUGAACACGAUCGUCGGUCUGGAUCCGGCGGGACCGCUGUUCUCGCUUUCGGAUGCGGACAUUAUGGCACCGCGCGACGCUCAGUACACGGAAGCUGUCUUCACCAAUGCCGGUCUGCUGGGUUUCGAUCUGCCGCUGUCGGAUGCUAACUUCUACCCGAACGGAGGUCGCUCGCAGCCGGGCUGUGGUAUCGAUGUGUCUGGUAACUGUGCCCACUCGCGCGCUCACGAACUGUACGCGGAAUCGGUUUCGACAACUGUUGGUUUCCGUGCGACACGUUGCGCCAACCAUGGCGAGAUUGUGGCGGGACAGUGUACGCCAACGGGCAAUGCUAACAUGGGCGGUGAACCGUCGAACCAGGGCCGUGGUGUAAAUGGCAUGUUCAUUGUCUCCACCAACGGUAACUCUCCGUUUGCCCAGGCGUUUGUGCUGCUUGCUACGCAGCUGCUUCUCGUUGCGUCCCUCCCGGUGGAUAACUCCAACUGGCAUCUCGUACCGGACAGCGAUGGCAGGCUGCAUCUCGUCAAUAUCAACCCGUACGCUCUGCCCGACGAUUCGUUCGUUCCAAACUUUGUCCCCGAGCAGGACCUGAUCUUCCGGCUGUUUACCCGCUCGAACCCAACCACACCGCAGGUGCUGGAGUUUGGCAAUGCCGGCUCUAUUGCGGCGUCCAACUUUAACCCGGCCCAUCCGACCCGCUUCACCAUUCACGGCUGGAACAGCAACGGAAAUGAUGGCAUGAACACGAACAUCCGCGACCGGUAUCUCAGCAUCGGUGACUACAACAUGAUCAGCGUCGACUGGAGUGCUGGUGCUGUGAACCCGAACUACAUUGCGGCCCGCAAUGCUGUCGGGCCGGCAGGUGCGGCGGUAGCUUCGUUUAUCGAUCAGCUGGUUGCUGCCGGUGCUUCCACGGACAAUAUAUACGUGAUUGGGUUCAGUCUGGGUGCGCACGUUGCCGGCAAUGCCGGAAAGGGCCAGAAUGGGCGCGUGAACACGAUUAUUGCACUCGAUCCGGCUGGGCCACUGUUUUCUCUUGGACAGCCGGAUGCCGUUUCCCCGGCCGAUGGUCGGUAUGUGGAGAUGAUCAUGACCAAUGGUGGUUUGCUGGGUAGCAGUACGCCGAUGGGACAGGCCACGUUCACACCGAACGGUGGACGUACGCAACCUGGUUGUGGAACGGACAUUGCCGGUGGUUGUGCUCAUGGACGUGCGCCCGCUUACUAUGCAGAGUCCAUCACUAGCUCGGUGCCGUUCCGUGCUACGAGAUGCGCCAGUAUGCAGGAGGUUGUCGAGGGCAACUGUACGCCAAGUGGACCGGACGCGAACAUGGGUGAAAUCGAUGAAACGGGCGACAGCAGCUCCCACAGCAUUGAUGUGAUUGCGGGACGUGACGUAGUUCGGGUUCUGCGCACCGCCACCCCAGUCAACGACGAUCACGUUGAUGUCGGCACGGUCCAAGCGCACUCAGACUGCAACGACCGAUCGAUCAUGAAGCCGUGCAUCGUUCAACUAUCACUACUGCUGCUGCUGCUACUAAUCAGUGCGGUUUUGUGUGAUGUCCCUCCGUGUGGUACCGAUAGAACUGCCGUUCCCAAGAACAUCGAAACGUUCGAGUGCUUAAACCAGACGGAACUGCAACACCAAAGGCUACUCGCCAGUUCGCUACGGUUUGACGCAAAGUCGGGCACGCGUUUCUUUCUCUGGACGGUGUCGCCGUCCGGCAACGGAACCACGCAUCGCGAAGAGUUAAAGUUUAACGAUCUGGCCGCGUUGCGGAACUCCAGCUUUAAUCCUCGCAAUCCAACGCGCAUUCUCAUCCACGGUUGGCUCAACGACUGGACGUCGGACGCGGUUCGUGGGCUUGCCGGUGCGUAUCUGGCGAAAGGUGCGCACAAUGUUAUCGGCAUCGACUGGUCAGCUGGUGCCGGUACGAUAGUGUAUCUUGCAGCGCGGUUACGUGUGGGAGCGGUUGCUGGUGUGAUUGCGGCCCAGAUAGCACUACUGCUUCAGGCCGGCCAACAUCCGGCCCAGAUUGUGCUCGUCGGCCACAGUCUGGGAGCGCACAUUGCCGGUCUGACGGGGAAACAGUUUCAAGCCGUGCCCAAACUGGCCGCCAUCAUAGCGCUCGACCCAGCGGGACCACUGUUUGCGGGCGAUCAGCCCUCAGAGCGUGUGGAUGCGCUGGACGCCGAGUACGUGGAGGUAAUACACACCAACAAGGGGGUGCUCGGCCAUCGGGAUGCACUGGGGCAGGCUGAUUUCUAUCCCAACGGUGGCCAAUCGCAGCCCGGCUGUCUGACGAACACCUGCAGCCACAAUCGAGCGGUCGAGUACUUCCGGCGAACGCUCACCGUGAGCAGGGUGCCGCUGUACGUGGGGCACCGCUGCGAGACGGGUAGCGUUAAUGACGGCUGUGACGGUGUGCGGGCGGUCAUGGGCGGUGAUCUGAACGAUAUCUACAAAGCGAAGAUGAGCGGGUUGUUUUAUCUCGCGAUCGGUAAAUAAAUGGCGUGCGAUAAUUACGUGACGCGAGGUAGACAUGUCAUAAUACUAGGUUACGAUUUCGCUUUAUGUGCGGAAAUUUACAUUAAUCUUCUUACGAACUAGUAAACAAAAACUGUGCUCUAUUGCUGUAAAA